AUGAUCGUAUGCCAUACUAAUGAAGAGAUUGUAAGAAGGCAGGCAUUGGUACCGAACUCAGAGAGAUACGCUGGACAAACCGAUACCAUGGAGAUAGAAGCACUGAUCGGAUUUCUUUUACUUUGCGGGGCUACCAAGAAUUCCGAUUUGAAACUUUCUGAACUUUUUUCGCGCAAAUUCAGCAUUCCAUUUUACAGAUGUGUGACGUCCCUAAACAGAAUGAAGUUCCUCAUUUCGCAUCUGAGGUUUGAUUCAAAAGAAACAUGGGUUGAGAGAAAGAGAAAUGACAAAUUCGCGCCGUUCCGUGAAUUCUGGGACAUAUUCAUAGCAAGUUGUGGAAAAUAUUAUACCCCUUCUGAGUAUGUGACUGCUGAUGAAACGCUUCUCAGUUUUAGAGGAAGGUGUCCCUUCAAAAUGUACCUGCCAAAUACACCCGAUAAAUACGGGUUAAAAAUUGUUUCACUCUGCGACGCUCGCACGUUUUAUUUUUUCAACGGGAUACCCUACGUCGGAAGGGAAACGUUAAUUAGAGAAGGUUCUCUCCUUUUGCCAACAUGCUGCGUCAUCAAGCUCUGUGAAAAAAUAGAAAAUACCAACCGCAAUGUGACAACAGAUAACUGGUUCUCAUUGUACGAAUUGUCAGAAGAACUUGCUCAACGUAAACUGACUUAUGUGGGGACAAUGCGUAAAAACAAGAGAGAAAUCCCUCCUGAAUUAAUCGCUGUGAAGGGAACAACCAUGACACCACGAGACUAUCAAAAAGUUGUAGAUGCGGUUCAAAACAAUCAAAUGCGCAGAGCCCUAGAGAAUGGGUUGGAAAAAGUGACGAUUACCCUAAAGUCCGGGUGCUGA